CCCAUGCGUCGUGACAAUUUGUUCUGUCGUGUAUCAGAUGGUGGACUCGGCCUUCCCCAUUUAUUUAUACGUCAGUUGGUUUCACGUUUUCUUUUCCUACGGGACCAGAAGCACCCUUUUCUUCGUGAAGUCAUUCAGGAUAGGCUCGCAUAUUACCUACCUGACUUUAUCGUAUCCACCGUGGGAGACCAAACCUGUUUGUUAGUAGGAUAUCUUAAAGAAGUAGUCGAUGCUUUUCAGUUUUUAUCAGUAAGGUUUUCAAAAGAAUACUUAGUGACUGUUUCACGUAAAAAGUUGACAAGGGAUCUUGUGAAAACCCUAUUUCCAAUGCCAAUUUACCGCUCAAUGUUUAGCAAUGUUUCCCAACGGGAUGUACUGCGCCGGGUAAAGAAGAUGCCCAUCCCCCCUGCAGCGAAAACUUUCUUUUUCAAAUUGCAUUGUUACGUGUUACCCACGAAGGUGUGGCUACGAGAGAAAGGAAUAUUCGUCCCGUGGUCAACAAACUGUACAUUAUGUAAAACGCCUGAAACCAUUGAACACAUUUUUAUUCACUGUUGGGAUGCCAUUUUCUUCUGGGAUAUUCUACAGCGCACUUUAAAAAAGGAUAUUGAUAUUACACCCUAUUCAAUUCGUUUCCUGCCUGUAUCAUCUUAUGAUAACUUUCCGUAUGACAUUGUAAUGCUCCUAGCGUUGUAUAGCAUGUGGAAGUCCCGCCUUGACAUAAGGAAUGAGAAUUAUCAUCCAAAAACAGUACGCCUGCAU